AUGGCGACUACCUACUUUCCUCCUCCACCUCAGGACCCUCAAUUUCCUCGUAAGUCCGCCCCCAAGAUCCGCAAGUACGCUUCUCACUCGAAUCCCCAAAGCCUCUCCGAUUUCUCGCAACCGAAUUUCAGUUUCCCCCCGCCGCAACGACAACAAACAGCUCCUGCCGUGAGCCCAUUCGCAACGGAUACCAAUGCCACAGCGUACACCGCGAAUGGGGAUAUCGGCAAUCCAUACGGAUCAAACUCCGUGUCUCCUCCCCCUCAAUCAUCGACGCCCCCAGCGGCCGUACAGCCCCAAGCUGCCCCCGUCGUGUCGGCCACAAGUCAAGAUGAAGUCGGCACAUUCAACGGUGGAAGCUACCGCAUCAGCCACCGGGACACCAACUCAGUGCUCACAAUGCAGCUGGCAAUGGGAUGCCCGAUCGAAGCCAAACCAGGCGCCAUGGUUGCAAUGUCCGGCGACAUUUCCCUCAGGGGAACAGUGAAAUUCGGCCUAGCGAAAAUGGUCGCCGGCGGGAUGACCUCCUCGAUUUACACGGGGCCGGGUGAAAUUCUCCUGGCGCCGCCUUUCCUAGGCGACAUCAUUGUGCUCCGGAUGGACGGCUCGGAGCGAUGGAAGGUGGGCAAAGACGCAUUCCUGGCUAAAACAAGCGGUGUCGAGAAAGACUACAAGUCACAGGGAAUGACCAAGGCUGUCUUCUCCGGCGAGGGUUUCAUCAUCUACCACAUGUCCGGGGUCGGUCUUGUAUGGCUUCAGAGUUUCGGUGCCAUUAUCAGAAAAGAUAUCCCUGAAGGCAAAACAUACCUUGUCGAUAACGGGUAUAUUGUGGCCUGGAACUGCAAGUACAAGAUAGAACGAGCUGCGUCCGGUGGCCUGCUGUCGGCUUUCAGUUCUUCGGAAGGACUGGCGUGUAAGUUUGAGGGUCCUGGAACUGUCUACCUGCAAACGAGAAAUGCCGCUGCCUUUGCGGCUCAUCUCAGUGGUAAAUAG